AAAUAUAUUGAGAGCUUAUUUGGAGUACGUUGGCACCAACUUUCUCAUCUCUUUCUUUCCCUUCCAAUAACCUUUACAGAAUAUAUAUUAUAUUCCCUACCUUGUUUGCAUACACAUACACAGCUUUCUGAUCAAUUCCUCUUAUAUAUAUAAACCACAAACCAUAUAUAUAUCGAUUCUUUGGGAAUCCCAAAGCUCAGUUCUGAUCUCCAAAAAUAUAUAUAUAUCUCCAGCCCAAAAGAAAAAAUAAAAAAAAUAAAAAAUAAAAAUGGGUUUAAGAGAUAUUGGAGCAGCUUUGCCCCCAGGGUUUAGAUUCUAUCCCAGCGAUGAAGAAUUAGUGUGCCAUUAUCUGUACAAAAAGAUUGCAAAUGAAGAUGUUCUUAAGGGCACUUUGGUCGAAAUUGACCUCCACACUUGUGAGCCUUGGCAACUUCCAGAGGUGGCGAAGCUGAACUCGAGCGAGUGGUAUUUCUUCAGCUUCAGAGACCGGAAAUACGCGACGGGGUUCCGUACAAACAGGGCCACCACUUCCGGCUACUGGAAAGCCACCGGAAAAGAUCGGACCGUCGUCGAUCCCAAGACUCAGUCCAUCGUAGGGAUGAGAAAAACCCUCGUUUUCUACAAGAACAGAGCCCCUAACGGCGUUAAAACCGGCUGGAUCAUGCACGAAUUUCGCCUCGAAAACCCCCUCGUUCCCCCUAAGGAGGACUGGGUUUUAUGCAGAGUGUUCCACAAGUCAAAAGGGGAGAGCAGCGAAAACCACAUGAUGAUGAACGCAAUGUACGAAAACAACAUCAUGAUACCCGCCGCCGCGUUCCCCGUCUACAACGGCGGCGGUUCUCCACCCCCAAACGCUUCCCUGCCAGCCACUCCCGCUGCCUACCGUCCCAUCCUCUCAUCAUCGGCCCCCAGCCAAAACCAAAACCCCACCCCCGCUACAACCACCACCACCAACAACAACAACAGUUUCUUCAACAACAAUCCCCCGUCGUUGUCGGCUUCCGUGGUGGCGCCCGAUCACGCCUUCCAAAUGCCGCAACCAAAGUGCGACAGUACGGACAACUAUGGGUUCUUGUUCGACAUGAACUUCGAAGAACACGAUGAUAUGGCGGCGUUCGAGGAUGAAAACGGCAUGGUUUUCAUUUGAAUACGCUAAAGAAAAUUGGCACACAAAAAAAAAAGGGAAAAAAAUUCCAAUUAAAUUUGUUGAAUAGCCAAAGUGCAUGUGGAAUGCAUGUUUGGCUGGGAGACAGGGAUGUGUUUGGUUGGGAUUGCAGUUUAAAGAUUUGUGUAGGACAUGGUAGAUUUAUUCAAAUGGUAGGGAUGGUCAGUAGUUUUUCAUAUUUAUUAUGUGUAUUCCAUUUUAUGAUGUAAUCUUAGCAAGGUGGUAUAUGAAAUAUAUUUUAUGAUGCUUU